CUUACUUUCAACAAGUAAACAACAAACCCACUCAACCCACUCAACAUGUUCAAGUUGGCUGUUCUUGCCGCCAUUCUGGCUGUCGCUACCGCCGCCCCUGGUGGUCUUACCGGCAUCGUUGCCGAUCAUGGAAUUGGACCGAUCACCGCUCCUCUGGUUGUCAGCCACGCGGCUCUGCCUGCUGCCCACGUUAUCGCUCAGCCCGUCGCCCCAAUCGUCCGUACCGCACCCAUCGUCACCAAGACCGUGCUGACCGCCGCUCCCUUGCCCCUCCUUUCUCAUGGCUUGCACUAGGCGACAGAGCUGAUUCUAUCUUACUACCACCAAGUCACGACGAGACAGCCCCACCCCCUAGAAAAAACACAUACACACAUACACACGCCCCUUUGAUUCCUCUGAAAUUGUCCCCGCCCAAAAAACCAACCAAAAAAAAAAAAAAAAA